CACAGGAAACCUGCUCCAGGUUCUUCGCUGGCCCACAAAGAUUCUGAAGACAGUUCACUGCGCAGGGGUGGCUUUGAGCCAGCCUCCAAUGCCCGUGCUCCAUGGGCAGACCCAUCACAAUCAAUGUGUGUUGGGGCAUCAGAACUGGGCCCCAGCGCGGCCUCUCCCUGGGUGGGGCUGGGCUCCGGUUACUAGCUCGUGGCCAUUUGUGGCUGAGAGGCACAGUGGCCUACUGGACGGAUAACUGGAGGGGAUCCAGGAGACCUGGCACAUGGGCAAGUCAGUUGGCUGCUCUGAGCCUCAGUUUCCCCAUCUGCACAAGGGGAUAACGAUAUUGUCCCCUCCGGGGAGGCUGGAGAGCCAGGUAUGAUACAUGAGAGCUAGUCGGAGUGUUAUCCCAGGGACCAGGCAGCAGCUCCCCCCGCCCAGCCCGAGGCCUGGCGCCCCACGGUGCGGCCGCUUCCCCCAGCGCAGCCCGGCUCCGCUACGGUGAGGGGCGCCCCCCGCAGAGCCCGGCCUGCGCCGGGCGGGGCGCUCCCCGCGGGCCCCGCCUGCUCGGCCAGGGGGAGGCGGGUCUGUGCCGGAGAGGGGCCGGGCCGCGACGUCAGGGCCCCGACAGGACUCCGGAGCGGAAGCUGCCGGGGGGAGAGAGAAACUUUCCGCCGGGCUGGUGUGCGGCGUCCUCCCAGCCAGGGCACCGAGCCCCGCCGCCCAUCCCCGGGGCAUCGGAUCCCUCCUCGCCGCCCAUCCCCGGGGCAUCGGAUCGCUGCUCGCGGGCGCCGCGCCCCGCCGCCCAUCGCCGUGCGCUCGGGGCUGCGCCGGGCAGCAUGUGGGAGCCGGCGGAGUUCCAGCGGCACUGGCAGGCCGAGUUCCCCGGGGAGCCGGCGCCCCGCAUGCAGCUGGGCUCGGUGCGGGACAUGGAGCUCGAGCUGGAGCGCUGCCGGGGGAACCUGAGGCAGCUGCAGCGGGCGCUGGCCGAGGAGAAGUUCAAAGUCCUUUACCUGGAGACGGCUCUGGCCCGGGAGCCCCCGGCCCCCGCCCCGGACGGGCAGGCAGAGGAGCCGGCCCCCCUCCCGGACGUGCCCCCUGGCAAGAGGGGAGCCGCGGGGCGCGCGGUGCACAGCUUGGCCGCAGCCAUCCAGCACCAGCUUCAGCAACACAAGCCAGCCCCGCGGGCCCGGAGGCAGGGCAGGCGGCAGCCCCCCAGGCACGAGCACCCUGUAGGCUGGAGCACCCUGGAGGGGCCAGAUGGCCUGGCCACUGAGCAGGGCAGCGAUGCUCCAGGCCGGGCACCCCCCUGGACAGACCCAUGGCAACGAGCCCCCCGCGCCCGUCCCCAGGGAGGCCCAUGGCAGCGAGCCCCCCGCGCCCGUCCCCAGGGAGACCCAAGGCAGCGAGCCCCCCGUGCCUGCUCCCAGGGAGACCCAAGGCAGCGAGCCCCCCGUGCCUGCUCCCAGGGAGGCCCAUGACAGUGAGACCCCCACUGGGCACCCCCACAGCAGCGAGUCCCUCAUCCCUGCCCAAGCCCAUGGUAGCGAGCCCCCCACUGGGCACCCCCAUGGCAGCGAUCCCCCUGUCCCCAUCCCUGCCCAGGCCCAUGGUAGC